AUAGAUGAUUAUCUGUUUAAAUUUCUUUUACAUCGUAUUUCAAAAUGUUAAAAUUAAUUUUUGUAAUUAUUUAUUCAUUUAUUGUGACAGUUAACUGUGAUAAUUUGAGAGUAAAUACGGCCAGCGGCCCGAUCGUAGGAGUUCUACAAAGGACAUUUGUCAAUCAAGUACCUUACAUUUCAUACAAAGGAAUACCCUAUGCUCAACCGCCUGUUGGCAACUUGAGAUUUCGAGCACCGCGUGCAGUAACUCCAUGGAAAAAACCACUUGUUACCACUGACAAUUAUCAAUAUUCCUGCAUUGUAGUUGCUCAGGGCAAGCAUAUACCUUUAGACGGACGAAAACAAAACGAAAAUUGCCUUUUUUUAAAUAUAUACACACCAGUCAUGGACGAUGUCAAAGUCAAUAAAAGGUUACCCGUAAUAUUUAAUGUACCCGGUGGUGGAUUCAAUGACGGUGAUGGUACCGACGGAUAUUAUGGGCCCGAUUUUAUAUUGGAGCAAAAUGCCAUUCUUGUAAACCUCAAUUAUCGUUUGGGUCCAUUCGGUUUUGCCAAUUUCGAUUUAGAAAAUUAUACGGGCAAUAUGGGACUCAAAGAUCAACGCGAAGCAUUGAAAUGGGUUAAAAAGAAUAUUAAAUACUUCGGCGGUGAUCCACAGUCCUUGACGAUUUUUGGAGAAAGCUCUGGCGCAGCUUCGGUGCAUUACCAAAUCUUAUCCAAUUCAUGUGAGUAUAUUAACCGCGCAAUCAUGUGGAGUGGUAGCGCUUUCAAUUACUGGGCACAUCACAAACAGAACAACCAACUGAACUUGCUAAGAGAAACUUUUAAAGCUGAACUCGGCAAUCGAACAAGUCCAAAAGAAAUAUUAAAUUUCAUGAUCAAUGCUACAACGCAACUCAUUAUAGAGAAAAUACCAGUUUUUGAUUUUUCCAAUGGUUUGAUUGAGGUGAAUUGGACACCAGUUAUUGAAGAUAAAACGAAAUCUGAUCAGCCAAUUUUAAUUGAGAACCCCCAUAACAUCUAUGCAAACAACCGAUUCAGUUUUCAUUGUAAGAAUGUUGAGGUUGUAUUUGGAACAACAAGUGCGGAAUAUAUGAUGUUUCUAGAUCCAACAAAUCUCUACGGGUGGGUUGAACAGAUGAAAACCAAUCGGCUCAUUGGUCUUCCAUAUCAUGGACUUACGUUGACACCCAACGAUCAAAGAUAUAAAGCAAUGCAAACUAAAAUUAAACAGUUUUACUUUGGCGAUGGAGAAAUUGAAGCAACACCGAAACGACUCAAUCAAUAUGUUCAAAUGAAUUCAGAUAUUAAUUUUGUGGUUCCUUUUUACGAGGUGAUGAGUUUGCAUUCAAAAGUGUCAAAAACAUUUUGCCAUCACUUUGAUAUCAAUCUAAAUACAAACAUCAUCAAAAAACCGAGACAUUUGGAAAUGGUUGAAAGAAUGGGACACCUUGAAGAUAUUGGAUACAUGUAUAAAGCGAACCAAUUUAAAUAUAUGUACGAGCAGUCAUGGAAAAAUCGCAGCGAUGCAACUAAUAACAAAACCAUUGAGGCAUGGCAGUUUGUAACGAAGCUGUUCAUUGAUUUCGCUAAAUCUGGGACAUUGGCAAACAGUAGUCCUGUGAAAUCAGUAAAAAAUGCUCAAUGCGUUGAUAUUACCAAUGAUGGUUUGAGAUCGAUUAUUCGACCAAAAAAAGAAUCAAUGACGAUGUGGGAUAAUGUCAGGGAAUAUCUGAAGCCAUUUAUUGUUGAUGAAUAUUAAAAAAAUGCACAACAAUUUUAAAAUUGAAACAUAAAA